AAAAGACAUUUAAACUGGACUCCAUCUUUCUCCAUUGACGACACUCCUCAGACUCUCCCCUCUCUCCCUCUCUCUUCCCUCAAGCUACUAAUGGAAGCAUCGUCAGUGUCCGGAGCUCGGAACCCCUUCUGUUCUGCGGAGGCAAGCGCGGCUGAUUCCUCUGCUCAAGAAGAUUUUCGCGAGCCAUCUCCGGAUUCCUUAGAGAAUGAAAACACGUUGGAGGUCUAUAUGGCGUGUAUCAUGCAUGGUCAUAGAAUUGGAGUUUCCUAUUAUGACUCCAGCAUACGCCAACUCUAUGUAAUGGAAAUUUGGGAAGAUGGGAGUAAAGAUUUUCCCUUACUUGAUAUGAUAAAAUACCAAGUCCAGCCUGGAGUCAUCUACACCAGUACAAAAAGUGAGGAGUCUUUCUUGGCUGCCUUACAGAGAUGCGACAAUACAAGUGAGGCUGCCACUGUAAAGCUGGUAAAAAGUUCAUUAUUCAGCUAUGAGCAAGCAUGGCACAGAUUGAUGUACCUUCAGGUCACAGGAAUGGAUGAUAGCUUAAAUAUCAAAGAGAGAAUUUCCUUUCUGAGUUCAAUGAUGGACAUUAGCAGUGAUGUUCAAGUGCGUGCAAGUGGAGGGCUUCUUGCAAUAUUGGAGGAUGAAAGGAUAAUUGAUGUUCAUGAACAGAAUGAAUUUGAAAAUGCAUCUAUUGCAGUUGACUCAGUCAGUGAAAUUUCAUUAAACAAAUUUUUGAAAGUUGAUUCUGCUGCUCUUGAGGCAUUGCAAAUAUUCCAAAUAGACAAACAUCCUAGCCAUAUGGGGAUUGGAAGAGCAAAAGAGGGGUUCUCUGUAUUUGGGAUGAUGAAUAAGUGUGUUACACCAAUGGGCAGACGUCUCUUAAGGAACUGGUUUCUGAGGCCCAUACUGGAUCUUGAUGACUUAAAUGCUCGGCUUGAUGCUAUAUCCUUCCUCUUGUUUGCUGAAGAACUAUCUGUUUCCUUACGUGAAACAUUGAAGUCUGUGAAAGAUGUUCCCUGUAUACUCAAGAAAUUCAACUCCCCAAGUUGUACAUGUACAAGUACGGACUGGGCUGCAUUUCUUAAGAGCAUUUGCUCACUCUUGCAUAUCAACAAAAUCUUUGAAGUGGGCAUUUCUGAAGAUCUUCGAGAACAGUUGAAGUAUUUGAACUUAGGUAUUGUUAAGAAGGCUGGUGAUCACCUUUCAAGUGAUCUGGCAUUUAUUUGUGAACUGGUGAUUGGUGUUCUUGAUGUAAACAGAAGUAAACAGAAGGGUUAUGAGACGAUUGUGAAAGAUGGCUUCUGUAAUGAGUUGGAUGAGCUGAGGCAAAUAUAUGAAGGAUUGCCAGACUUUCUGGAAGAGGUGUCAUCAUUGGAACUUGCAAGACUCCCUCGCAUGGUUGGGGAAAAUGGUCUCCCUUGUAUUGUCUAUAUACAUCAAAUAGGCUACUUGUUGUGCAUUUUCAAUGAAAAACUCGAUGAAGAAAUGCAAGAGAAACUUCCUGAUUUUGAGUUUGCUUUUCUUGAUGAGGAUGGAGAUACCAAGAAGUUCUUUUACCGCACCUCAAAAACACGAGAAUUGGAUACUCUUCUUGGAGAUAUAUACCAUAAAAUCCUGGAUAUGGAGAGAGCAAUUACAAGGGACCUUGUGUCACACAUCCUGCAGUUUGUAGUGCCCAUCCACAAUGCUGUUAAUUUUGCAGCUGAGCUUGAUUGUCUCUUGUCAUUAACAUUGGUUGCUCGUCAAAACAAUUAUGCAAGGCCAACCUUGACUGCAGAAAAUAUUCUUGAUAUACAUAAUGGAAGACAUCUUUUGCAGGAAAUGACAGUUGAUACAUUCAUUCCCAAUGAUACAAAGAUUUUAGAUGAAGAAUUUUCAGGAAAGGUUAAUAUUAUCACAGGUCCUAAUUAUUCUGGUAAAAGUAUCUAUGUAAAGCAGGUUGCUUUAAUAGUUUUUCUUUCUCACAUUGGAAGUUUUGUACCAGCUGAGGCAGCCACAGUGGGAUUGACUGACAGGAUAUUUUGUGCAAUGGGAACCAAGUUUAUGACUGCUGAACAGUCGACAUUUAUGAUUGAUCUGCAUCAAGUGGGAAUGAUGUUAAGGCAUGCAACUUCUCGAUCCUUAUGCUUGUUGGAUGAAUUUGGUAAAGGCACUCUUACUGAAGAUGGCAUUGGUCUCCUUGGUGGAGUUAUAAAUCAUUUUGUCUCAUGUUAUGACCCUCCAAAGCAGGUUCUGGUUUGUACUCACUUGACUGAGAUAUUUGACAGUGGAUGCUUAUUGGAGUCAGAAAGGAUCAAAUAUUACAACAUGAGUGUGUUAAGUCCCGAGAAAAAUUCUGCAGAUCUUGAAGAUGUUGUAUUCUUGUACAGGCUGGUUCCUGGUCGGGCACUUCUUAGCUUUGGGUUACACUGUGCACAGCUUGCAGGAAUACCCGAGGAUGUUGUGAAGCGAGCAGUGCUUGUUUUGGAUGCUCUCAAAAAUGAAUGGCAUGUUGAGCGGCUCUGUAGCGAAAAUAUAUUGGUUCAGGAUCAGCACUAUAAGUUCAAAUGCAGGAUGCAGUGGAGAAGAUGUUAGCCUUUGAUGUAAUGAAUGAAGGAGACGUGCGCCACUUUUUCGAAAAUAUUUUUCCUUCCCAGUGCUAAGAGACAUCUACAUUUCUACAAGACAUGAAUCAUCUAUUUCAGACUGACUGCUCUUACAAACCCAUGUAUGGCUUAGGUCCUUUUGGACAUCAAGGCAUAGUAUAGAAAUGUAAAUAUUGGUUAUUGGUAAAGCCAUCUGCCCAAAUUUCAUCUAAGCUUCUUUGCCGA